GCCGCCGGCCGGGCGAUGCCGAAGCCGCCGCUGCUGCUGCGGGGGAGCCGCCCCGGGGACAGCGAGCUGGGGCGGCAGUUCCGGGACUGGUGCCUGCGCACCUACGGGGACUCGGCCAAAACCAAGACGGUGACCCGGAGCAAGUACCAGCGCAUCGCCGAGGUGCUGCAGGGGGGAUCCGGCUCCGGCGGCGGCUCCGGCGGGGGGGAGAAAGGCAAGUUCCAGUUCUGGGUCCGGUCCAAGGGCUUCCGCCUGGGAAACGGCACCAGGGAGGCGACGAAGAUGGGUCAAGUGGUGGUAUAUGUGCCGGUGAAAACGGGAACGGGGGCAGAUGGACUGUCGGAGCCCGAGGGCAUCUCUCUGAAACGCGUGGCUGUGGUGGAAGAUUUCUUUGACAUCAUAUACUCGAUGCAUGUGGAGAGCUCAUCGGAGCCGGGCAAAGCACCCAAACAUGCCGGGCAGAAGAAAACCUACCGAGCGAUUGCAGAGACCUAUGCUUUUCUCCCGAGAGAAGCUGUGACCAGGUUCCUGAUGAGUUGCACCGAGUGCCAGAAGAGGAUGCAUUUCAACUCCAACGGACUGGAGCCCAAAGAGAGCGAACCACCUUCCUCUUUGGUUUCUGGGAUCAUUGACUACAACAUGCCCCUCACCUCUACUUAUCUGAAGCAAAUGAAGCUGCGGGUAAUGAAUUCACAGGAACAGGAUGAGACAUCGGUGAGCAGCGAGGACUUUGAUAUGAACGACUCCACAUGGAUCUCAGCUGACCAGCACCUGAACUCCAGCCUGAGCCCCAGCCAGGACGAGAGCAUGCGCAGCCCACAGAACCUGCACGGCCACGAGGACGAUGAUUCCUCGUCAGAGAGCUGCAGCGGGAAUGGCUCCUCCACCCUGAACCCCUCCACCUCCAGCAGCACGCAGGGCGACAGCGCCUUUCCCGAAAUGAACGGAAAUGGCACCGCGGCCCCCAUGGACUUCACCACCUCCGCCGAUGACCAGCCCAUCAACCUCUGCGACAAACUCGCGCCUGCCCACGUCACCCCUUCCUACCAGUCGGACAGCUGCAGCGCUGACGGGCUGCGCAGCAGGGUCAAGUACGCGGUGAAGACUACGGCAGAGUCCCCUCCAUACAGCUCCGGCAGCUAUGACUCCAUCAAGACAGAGGUCAGCGGCUGCCCCGAGGACCUGACCGUUGGCAGGGCCCCCACAGCCGACGAAGAUGAUGAUGACCAUGAUGACCACGAAGACAACGAUAAGAUAAAUGACUCGGAGGGGAUGGACCCAGAGAGGCUAAAGGCCUUCAAUAUGUUCGUGCGCCUUUUCGUGGACGAGAACUUGGACCGGAUGGUUCCCAUCUCCAAGCAGCCCAAGGAGAAGAUCCAGGCCAUCAUCGAGUCCUGCAGCCGGCAGUUUCCCGAGUUCCAGGAGCGGGCGCGCAAGCGUAUCCGCACCUACCUCAAGUCCUGCCGCCGCAUGAAGAAGAACGGGAUGGAGAUGACCAGGCCCACGCCGCCGCACCUGACCUCAGCCAUGGCAGAGAACAUCCUGGCCGCCGCCUGCGAGAGCGAAACGCGGAAAGCAGCCAAGAGGAUGCGGCUGGAGAUCUACCAGACCUCCCAGGAUGAACCGAUUGCUCUAGACAAGCAACACUCCAGAGACUCCACAGCCAUCACCCACUCCUCCUAUUCACUGCCAGCUUCAUCUUACUCCCAAGACCCAGUCUACAUCAAUGGAAGCCUGAACUACAGCUACCGUGGCUACGGGUCCCUGGGGGGCAGCCUGCAGCCGCCUGCCUCCCUCCAGACAGGCAACCACAGUAACGGUCCGACCGAUCUCAGCAUGAAAGGUGGGGCCUCCAGCACGGCCCCCUCCAACAGCACCAGCAGGGGAAUGCAGGCUGCCCAGCUCAGCCCCACGGAGAUCAGCGCAGUGCGGCAGCUGAUCGCUGGCUACCGAGAGUCGGCGGCGUUCCUGCUUCGAUCUGCAGACGAACUGGAAAACCUCAUUUUACAGCAGAACUGACUCCCUGUGUCUGCAUCACUCCUCUGUCGAGAAGACAAUUUAUACCUGCUAGAAAGAGGCUCCCAGCGGUGUCCUGCUCAGGACCACCAUCGUCCUCCCGUGAAGCGGCGGGUACAUGUAGUUUUAGAAGGUGGAAUCCAAAAGACCUGUUUUCUUUUACACUCCAAGCACCUGGGACUUCAGGCACAAGGACACAUUUUUGAACCGUACCAACUCCUGUGCGUCCAGCCGACCAGAAGCCAAACCUGCGGCUUGGAAGGAUGUGGGACUUUCAAGGGCAGAAGGGAGCCUGGGGAGGUUUGGGGCUGCAGAUGUAUUUAGAAAAACCUUUGUGGACCCAAAUGUUAGAUACCCAUCCCCAGAUAAUUUCCAAGUCUUAGGUGAGCUGAAUCACAUAUUUAUUGAGAAAUGGACCCUCCUCUCCCCUUAGUAAUUUAUUUUUCUGAAAAUGGAUUCUUUUGAGUUUGUACAGAUUGCCAGUUUUUUGUCUGUCUGAUCAGAAGGAAUUUAUUCCUGUGAAAUAACACAUUCCAUAUCACUACACUACUAAUUUCCAGGCAGCUCUGCCUGUUUCUCUGGGGAGCCCUUGUCCCACAGGGAGCAAGUUUGCCAUUCAGCCCUAGACUUCGAGGCUGCUCAGCCUCCAGUAAGCGUAGGUGGCAGCUGGAACAACGGAGCAAGGAAGCAUCCUGCUUAGACCUUUGUUCUAAGCGGUCCCGUAGCAGCAGUGGGGUCUAAAUCUCCCGCAGAGACUCGGCAAGCUCGGCAGACCUCCGGCUAGAAGGACGUCUCGCACUCAUUUAAGUCAUUGCAGAUAAGGAAGGAAAGAAAUACCUGAGAACCACUGUCUUGCGGUCACCAUCCGUACUCUACCUCACACUCCAUUGUGGGCUUCUUCCAGGCCUGGCCGAGCUGGUCCUGGGGGACGGUGAGUGUCGCAGACGCGUGGAUCGCGCCGAGGAGGCUGGAACCGACCCGGCAGAUCCAGCGGAUCCGCCAGGGUCCUGCUGCUGGGCGGCAGCUCGCCCCCACCCCGCUGUGCCCGGCUGUUUGCUCCGGUCCGUGUGAAACCAGCCCUGGGGUAGCAUCAGGAGAAUAAACCGUUUAGGAACCGCAUGGGUGUAGUAAAGGCUAAUGCCGGGUCUCUGCCUGAAAAGUCAGCUCAGUGCGGCAAGCCACUUGCUCCUCUGCAGAAGAUAGAAACGGGCAACAUUCAGCAGCAGAACUGACAAAGUCCUCUCUGGGGCCCAGGAUCCUCCCCCCUCCCUGCUCACAGUCCUGGAACAAGCCCACAAUUCCCAAAGUGUGGAAAAACCGUAGUCCGAUGACCAUUCUGCCCUGUUACCGCCCCCCCCCGCCCCCAGUAAUGCACUUCGUUUUGCUCAGUGCAAUACCUACUACCAGUGCUGCUAAACCCAGGGACUUCGCUCAGGCAGAGAUGCUGAGCCGAGCCAAGCAAUGCAACGUGCGCUGGAGCCACGUAGAGCAGCAGAGACCGGCUGCCGGGGAUCCCAGCUCCUCCUCGUGCCCUCACGCCAGCACAGCUGCCCCCACCCGGGCAGGAGUCCUCACCACGAGAUAUAAAUUCGAUAAGUGUAAACCCCUAUACGCUCAUUUUAAAGGUAGAUACUUUCUCUCUUUGGAGCCAGCUUUUUUCUUCUUUUUCGGUCACUCUGAGCCGGCGGCAGACAGAGGCUGCUGCUCCCUGGGGGGCUGACGCCACUGGCCCGGGCUCGAGCUCGGUGGCAGCGGCUGGUCCCAGCCAGGAGUGGACCCGGGCAGUUUACUCAGUAGCCUUUAUACCCAAUUAUACUCCGCACACACUGGAAGAGAAGCAAAACCUCUACCCUGCUCUUAGUCUCAGUAGAGAAAAAGCCAGCGGCUCCUGAGGACAGGCUUGCCUGGCCCGGCAGCAGAAGGGAUUCACCAUUGCAUUGACUGUUCUCCCCAAACCGUAAACUUUCCGUAGCAUUCGGAGAAAAGGGACCUAAGCCCUGGCCGUUUGGUGCAGUCGGGGUGUCCGUGCAGAGACGAGGUGGUGGCUUGUUAGACCUGAGCCGAUGCUGGAACCGGGAACAUCGCGGCCACCCCGAGGUGCCCUGGGCCGAGCGCCCCGUCCCCUCCCUGCCCGCGGCAGGCAGCAGAGCGGCGUGGGGGCCAGCCCGGGACACCAGCCCCCGCCGAGCCAGGGUUCAGACUCACGCUUUCCCCAGCACUUCACAAGCCUGCUUGGUUUGUCCACUGCAUCCUCCCAUACUUGGAAUUUAUGUAAAUAUUUAUUUUUGUGUGAAUACCAUGAAGUAACAAACCUUUGACAAAAUAUGUAACCGCAGCCAUUUGUGAAAGUCUUAAGGAAGGAGAGGCAGAGACAAUCGCUGUCCCGGAAUUCUCUCUUUCUGCGAUAUCCCACCCAAGUCGGUGCCUCCCUCCCCGUCAGAGGCCAUCGAGAACAUUUUAGCCAUAAGUUUGCCAUCCAGUUUACUGAAAAAGAGGUUACCCAGGGGCUUACGGACAGAUUGCCAUCAGCUACAGUUUGUUUAGUUUUAUUUAUGCAAGUUUUAGCUGUCAUUACCAGAUCACCUUUGAACUUGUCUUAGCAUGUAUUGAAGUUUAGUAGCUCUUACACUUUGUUAAACUGCUGUAGAAGACAGAUGAGGCUCACGGUUGCGUAGGAAGGUAUCCAACAGUCUACCCUGUCCUAACAACUGAUGUUCAUAACUUGCAGCUGAAUGGUACAGACUCAGAUUUCCAAAGCCCCAGUGACAGCCACAUCUGUGACAAGUUAUGAAACAAAUGGGAUUGACUACGAAUUUCUGUCAGGGAUCUCUUUUUUCUUUCUUUCUUUUUUUUUUUUUCGGUGAGCCGCAGCUUUAUAGUUUCUUUGGAGUGAGCUCCACAGACAUCUCAGUGCUCUUCAGCUGAUCCAUGCUCAGUUGCGGCUCUUCUGUGCUCCAGGACUGUUUCACAGCCACAUUCCUGCGCUCUCACUAGGCAGGACGGGGUCAGGAAUCGCUAGUCUGGGUUCUCAACGAGAAGGAAUGAGCAGGAGCAGAAUACACCGGCUUUCCAGAUAUUCUGAGAGGUGGAAGGAGAAUGCUGGGUUAGCAAAUGGUCUGGAUGUUCUUGGUUUUGUUUAAGAAAAGCUAAUCACUGGUCGAGAAAAUAGAUUUUUUUUUUAAUUUAAUUUUAUUUUAUUUUAAACACAACCAUCCUGCCCUGGAUGUGCGGUUCCCAUGACGGUGUUUCUACAUGGGAGAGCGUUCCUGGGAUUGCGAGCAGACGUAACUUGUACCUCCCCAAUCCAAAGGGCCACUUCCCUCCCACGAGUGGCCGUCGGAUUUAGUACCAGUUCAUGAAAAAAAAUGCUGCUUUGAACUCAGAGGGUUAAUAUACUUUUGAUUUGUAAUUUUUUGUAAAACUUUUUACAAGGUAGCAUAGUAUUUCACCAGAAUACCAACUACAAUCCGUCCAUGGUCUGAUUUUUAUAUAAUUUAGUGGUGCUUUAGAAACUUUUGUUUGGUUGUUUCGGAGCUGUACAGCUCAGUUCUUCGCCUGUAUCUACCUAAGACCAAUGUGAACCUUUGUAUUUUUGCUCCUAAUUUUGGACUCAGUGAAAGUGUACUGUUUACAUGUACAGAACUCCCGGCCCCUGUGUGUUCUGCAAGACCUGCUGUUGAAGAGGAAGAUGCACCUCACCCAGUUCGUCUGCUUAAGCAAGCCACAGCUUCACUCACCCACCGACACACGCACCUACCCUAAGGAAGACCCCACAAAAUUGAAACGCCCUUUAAGCAAUUUUGGGUUUUGCACAAGCUAUUGUAUUUUUUUUUUUUUUCCAGUAGUCGAUUUAUGGAUUGGCUGCGAUUCAAAUCGAGAGCUGACCCGGAGCUCAGUUAACUGAAGCACCAGAACUCAAGCAGGCAGAGUCGCACAGUGCUGCUGUUUCACCAUCCUCCUCCUGCCACCCGAGGCAGGAGGGUGAAAGCUGCCGAGCUCAGUGUAGGGUUCAAACAAUGCAGAAGAGCACUCGAGCCCAGGGGGCUUGCAGGGAAGCAGGGGGGAAACACUCAUCAGCAUAAUUGGAAACAUACUUUACCGAACCUGGUGAAAUCGCCCAAGCUGGCUGCUGAUUUCAGAUUGAGAGGGUGGGAGCGCGUUCCCUCAGGAGGAGGGGGGCUCCGACACGAAGCAGAAAGCUCUUUGGAAAGUCGGUGCUUUCCUGAGGGCUCAGAUAGAAAGCAUAUGGCACUUAAUCCAGCUUUUAAGGUGACACUUUAUUGCUUAAUCAAUUGAUUCAUUUUGAAAUGAUAUUUUUGCAGAUAGGCACCUAUGCAACUUAAUGUGGCUCUUAAGCAGAUGAGCACUUCCUCCUCAACGAGCUUGAUAAGAGUUAUUUGUGUUAUAUACUGUGGAUUUUUCCAGUAAAUGUGGCUUAAUAUUUUAA